AUGGCGGCAAGUAAUCUUAUUGAAAUGUCCAUAGAUGACACUCUUUUCGAUGCGGUUAUGAAUAAGGACAUUCCCAAGGCUGUCCUAGCAAUCGACAACGGGGCGGAUGUGAAUACAGUGACAAGACAUUAUGUCUGGGCAAUACUGGGAAGGUAUGGUACUGGAUUGUAUGGUGUUCCAUCUGCUCUUCAAGUAGCGUGUAGUGUGGGAUCCAUCGAGCUUUGUGAUCUACUUAUAAGAAAAGAAGCCAAUGUGAAUUAUCAAGAGAAGUUGGUUGUCACAGCUGGCAAGUUGGACCAACAUUGUGUUGUAAGAUAUAGACACAGAACAGAGAAGAAACAUGCUAGAUUGUCGAGUUUUAGUAUAAAAUUGAAUGCAGACAAGUGGAAUGUAGAGAAAAGAAUAGAUAUUGUAUGUGAUAUUGCUAAAGCUCUACACUAUGCAAGUAAUGGUGGUCAUGUGUCUAUUAUGAAGAGAUUGAUAUCAACUGGUUGUAAUAAGAAUAUAAAGAACUAUUGUGGAGAGACAGCUCUACACGUUGCUGGUAAUGUUGAGGUUGUUGAUUAUUUAUUGAUCAUUGGUCUCAACAUUGAAGAUCGUACUAAGGCUCACUACACACCAUUUCUCAUGGCAUGUUGUAAUGGUCGUUUACCUGUAGUACAACGUCUCAUUCAAUCAAAGUGCAACAAAGCAGCAACAACUAAUGUUGUGAGGAAGAAUGUGGCUGCUGUUUGGGAGAGCAAUGGAACACGUGACCUGAGGGUGAUGACCAUGGCAGAUGAAACAUUUGUGUCGGUAUUUGCACAGUUGUGUAGCCUUGUCCCCAGACUCUCUUGCAGUAUUCUUGUCCUGUGCCUGUAUGACAAUUCCAAGCACGAGAUAAUUGUUAUACGAGCACCAGACAAGACAAGCACAAGAGAGUCUUGGGACGAGGCUAUGUCUGCUGAUGGACGGACAGCUGUAAACGUUGCUAAUAAUGUUAAGGUUGUUGAUUAUUUGUUGAGCAUUGGUCUCAACACUGAAGAUCAUGAUAAGGAUGGCUACACACCAUUUCUCAGGGCAUGUCAUAUUGGUGACUUACCUAAAAAAACUCUUGUCAAAGCAGAGAGUCAGAUUACCUAUUCUAUGAUCUAUUCUAUAUGA